UUAUCUUGCAGUCAGUAAGUUUGUAGCAGAAGAGCGACUGCCUCACCUGCUAUUUUACGGACCUCCCGGAACAGGCAAGACCAGCACGAUCCUUGCAUGUGCAAAACAGAUGUAUAAGCCGAAGGAAUUCAACUCCAUGGUGCUUGAGCUAAACGCAUCCGACGACCGAGGAAUCGGGAUAGUCAGAGGUCAGGUGCUCAGCUUUGCCAGCACACGGACUAUCUUUAAACGAGGCUUCAAACUGGUUAUACUAGACGAGGCAGAUUCCAUGACGAAAGAUGCACAGAAUGCACUGAGGAGAGUGAUAGAGAAGUACACGGAGAACACGAGGUUCUGCAUCAUCUGCAACUAUCUGUCGAAGAUCAUCCCCGCCCUGCAGUCGCGAUGCACCCGCUUCCGCUUCGGCCCUCUCGGCGAGCAGCAGAUGAUUCCGCGCCUGCAGCACGUCAUCGCCGAGGAGCGGGUUAACGUGACGGACGACGGCAUGGGGGCGCUGGUGGCGCUGGCGGGCGGCGACAUGCGGCGGGCGCUGAACGUGCUGCAGAGCGCGUCGAUGGCGUACGACGUCGUCGACGAGGACAACGUGUACACGUGCGUCGGUCACCCGCUGCAGCGCGACGUGAAGAGCAUCGUCAUGUGGAUGCUCAACGACGGCUUCACCGACGCUUACGGCAGUAUCCUUUUGAUUUCCCGUGCAUGUGAGGCUCCCUACUUGAGAAGAUGGCAGGAUGUAGAGUACAGACUGCAGCAGGAACGAGUGAAGAUGCAGCUCGCAGCACUGUUAGGAGCAUUCCAGGUGGCACGGGACAUGACAGUGAAGGAAGCAGUAGCACUAGUAUGAAGCAGCCUGGGACAUGAUGACAGUGAAGGAAGCAGUGGCACUAGCAUGAAGCAGCCUGGG